AUGGGCUCCAUUCCGGAAGCCAGUGCCUACGGCCACGACGACCCAACCGGCAUCGACGACGUCCUCAUCGUUGGCGCUGGCAUCAGCGGCAUCAAUGCAGCUUGUCGUCUCACCGACUCUCUGCCGCAUCUGUCCUACACCAUCCUGGAAGGACGCACUACCUUCGGCGGAACGUGGGAUCUCUUUAAGUACCCCGGCAUCCGCUCCGACUCGGAUCUGCACACCUUUGGCUACGCUUUCAAGGCGUGGAAGGGCCCUGCCAUCGCCGGCGCACCCGAGAUCCUCAACGGGAACAAGUGCUGGACCGUCACCACCAAGCACGCUCUCACCGGCGAGACCAAGAUCUACCGCGCCAGGUUCUACCUCAAUUGCUGCGGCUACUACGACUACAACCAGCCACUCGAGGCAAAGAUCCAGGGCAUCGAGGACUUUGCAGGCUCCGUCGUACACCCGCAGUUCUGGAAGCUCACCGAGCAGGAUUAUGCGGACAAGAAGGUGGCCAUCAUCGGCUCGGGCGCUACCGCCAUCACUCUCCUCCCCGCGCUCGCCGGCAAGACAAAGCACGUCACGCUGGUUCAGCGCUCUCCUUCCUACAUCGCUGCUCGCAACCCCAACGAUCCUCUUGCAGAUCUGCUUCAGAGCCACCUUCCCGAGACGUGGGCGUCCUUCCUGAUUCGACAGAGAAACGUAGCGUCCACGUACGCAAUCUACCAUCUCGCCAGGACGUUCCCCAACUUCUUCCGAAACCUGCUCGCUUCGGGGACCCAGAAGCUGCUUCCUUCCGAUGUGUCGAUGGAGAAACACUUUACGCCAAAGUACAACCCCUGGGAUCAGAGGAUAUGCAUGUCUCCCAACGGCGACUUUUUCCAAGCGUUGCGCGAGGGGCAUGCCUCGAUCGCCACCGGCAACAUCACCUCCAUCAAGGGCAACCAGAUCACCCUCAAUUCAGGCGAAAGAAUUGACGCCGACAUCAUCGUCACCGCGACGGGGCUUAAGCUGCAGCUCGGCGGCGGGGUCGCUAUUAAUGUCGACGGAGAGGCCGUCAAGACAAACGAGAAAUUUGUCUGGAGAGGAUGCAUGAUCGAAAAUGUCCCCAACUUUGCUUUUGCCAUGGGCUACACCAACGCUGCGUGGACGCUCGGAUCCGACUGUACCGCACACUUUGUUGUCCGCGUGCUCGCACACAUGGCCAAGUCCGGAAAGCUCUCGGUCACUCCCGAGGCCAUCCGAAGGGGCGAACUCGUGGAGGCGAAUCUGCUCGAUAUGAACAGCACCUACGUCACCAAAGCCCGAGACACUCUGCCCAAAGCAGCAACCACAGGACCCUGGCAAAGACGAACCAACUACUGGUACGACAUGUGGUCCGCAAAGUACGCUUCGUUUGAUCAGCUUGUAUUUGCAUAG